ACGUCACCACAGUGAAACCGAAGGAAGGCGACACGCUGCGUGUUUCCGAGCCCACGGCCGUCUCCUCUCCUCUCCUCCGUGUCGGACGGCGCAGACAGCCGCGUCGCUGCAGGCAGGAAGGCAGGAAGGUUCUGGGUUUAUCUGGUGGGCUCGGUUCUGCUUCGGGUCUGACCACCGCUGAAAAUCUGAUGCUCGCUUGCAGCGGCAGCCUCGGCCACCAUGUUUGCCAAAAAGAAGAAGCCUCGAGUCCAGAUCUCCGCUCCGUCCAACUUCGAGCACCGCGUGCACACGGACUUUGACGAGCAGGAGCAGAAGUUUGUGGGGCUGCCGCGGCAGUGGCAGUCCCUCAUCGAAGACACGGCGAAGAGGCCCAAACCUUUCAUCGACGCGACGGUCAUCACUACCGUAGAACCGCGAAAGACGAUCGUGAGAGGCACCAAGCUGGGAUCGGACGGCUCGUUAACAUGGCUGCUGGACGAGUUCGACACCAUGUCCGUGACUCGCUCCAACUCCCUGCGACGAGGCAGCCCCCCCACUCAGCCUCGCAGGGACUCCGGCUCCUCGGGCGGCGUGGCCGGAGAGCAGGAGAACGGAGACCCUCAGCACAGGCACUACGCGCACCCAGAUAGACAAGACAGACACAGGCAGGACCACCAGGCGGGAGGUGACCCACGCCACGGUCAGCGAGGCACCCUUCCUCAUCCGAGAGACGAGGGAAUGCACGGCCGGCCCCAACAGCAGCCCCGGGGCCAAGAGCCCAGCAAGGCCUACAGGGAGCGGAUCGGGUCGGGACAGCACCCCCCUGCUCACAGAGACAGAGAUCCUCGGGACCAGGACCAGGUGGUUCGCAGGGGGGACCAAGCCAGCGACCACAGGCCCAAGUCCAGCUAUGUGGCACGCGAGGGCAGUCCCACGUCUCCGAGGGACAAGAGGCCGCUCUCAGGGCCCAACAUCCGAACCCCAAACCUGCCGAUGACUGAAGGUGUGAUGAAGACCGCCCAACAGAACGCACGGCCGUUCAACACGUACCCGAGGACAGACAGCGAAGGUGGACGCAGUCCCACGGGACAGGUGGGCCGACACCAUGAAGCCUCUCCUCAGAAUGGACCCUCCAGCAGCUCCGCCCGAGGUUCUUCCACCUCCAAGCCCCCAAUGAGCCACCCGCAGUCCCAUCACGCCUCCCACCCCAUCCUGACCCCCGAGUCCUCUCAGCACCCGCACACCCCUCACCCCAAUGUCCCGGCCCCACGUCCCCCUGUGCCCUCCGGGCCCCCGGCAUCAGCCGGUCCGCCUCAGGGCCGCUCGCCCCAGAAGGAGCCCCAGAGGGUUUCCCACGAGCAGUUCAGAGCGGCGCUACAGAUGGUGGUCGACCCCGGCGACCCGCGCACCUACCUGGAUCACUACAUCAAGAUCGGCGAGGGGUCCACGGGAAUCGUCUGCAUCGCCACGGUGAAGACCAACGGAAAACUGGUCGCCGUGAAGAAGAUGGACCUGAGGAAACAACAGCGCAGAGAACUUCUCUUCAACGAGGUGGUGAUCAUGCGGGACUACCACCAUGAGAACGUGGUGGAGAUGUACAACAGCUACCUGGUGGGCGAUGAACUGUGGGUGGUCAUGGAGUUCCUGGAGGGAGGAGCCCUCACCGACAUCGUGACGCACACCAGGAUGAACGAGGAGCAGAUCGCCACCGUGUGUCUGUCGGUUCUGAAGGCGCUGUCGGUCCUGCACACCCAGGGCGUGAUCCACAGAGACAUCAAGAGCGACUCCAUCCUCCUGACUCACGACGGCCGGGUGAAGCUGUCAGACUUUGGUUUCUGCGCUCAGGUAUCUAAGGAGGUCCAGAGGAGGAAGUCUCUGGUGGGAACGCCGUACUGGAUGGCGCCGGAGCUUAUAUCCAGGCUGCCUUAUGGACCAGAGGUGGACAUCUGGUCUCUGGGCAUCAUGGUGAUAGAGAUGGUGGACGGAGAGCCGCCGUACUUCAACGAGCCGCCGCUCAAAGCCAUGAAGAUGAUCCGAGACAACCUGCCCCCCAAACUGAAGAACCUGCACAAGGUCUCCCCUCUCCUGAAGGGCUUCCUGGACCGGAUGCUGGUGCGGGAGCCGGCUCAGAGGGCCUCGGCCAACGAACUCCUGAAGCACCCCUUCCUGACGAAGGCCGGCCCCCCGUCCUGCAUCGUCCCGCUGAUGCGGCAGAACCGGAUGAGAUGAAGCGUGACACUAAAGACCUCCGGGGGGGGCUGUGAAGGCGACUCAGGUGGAUCAGAAUACUCCUGCACACGGAGAAAAAGAGGCGCGUUGUUCACGUCGAAACGCCCAGAACAGUCAAAAAAAAACGAGCCGUGCAGCAGGAGUAUUCUCUUUAUCUGGUGUGAGUCACUGAACUGUGGGGAGCGUUGUUCCCUGAAUAAGAGGCAAUAAUGACGGUGUGUGUGUGAGUGGGUGUGUGGGUGGACGUGUGUAAUCGUAUGUUUUCCGACGGCGCUAACGGCAGCGGCUCCAGGCUGAAGGAGCAGCGGAGGAGUCCCGACUCGUGAGGAGGAGCCGGACACAUCAGCGGCUCCUUUAUCUCGUCUAAAUUCGGAUCCUGUGAAGAGUGUGAGUGUGUGUGUGAGUGUGUGUGUGUGUGGGGGGGGGGGGAUGUUUUGAAGGAUUCGGUGACAGUCGGAGCAACUUUUUAAUCUCACUUACCGACAAUCUGCGAACAUUUUCACUACAGAGACUGAUGCUAACCUUUGGACCGCUAACGCAGCCUGAAUUUACUACUGACAGCGGCGACUUUUGACCCCUAACUGUAUUUUUUUGUAGCCAUAAAUAUCCUAGCUUCCUAAUUGUAAACAAGCAAAACCACACUAAGUGAACAUGUAAACACUGGAGUCUCGGUAGCAGAGGACUUUUUCCCACUUAUUUCCUAAUAUUCCUGUGUAAGGACGGUGAACAUAGAGGGGAGCGGUUUUAUCCCUUUUGAUAAUUUUACCGUCUUUGUUUUGUGAUUGUUGUGUUUUGUCUGUUUUAUAGAGUGAAACUUAUCAAGCACUGGUGAUGAGAGAUGCAUAGAAAGCUGCACUCCUUGUUCAUUUCUGAUACACUAAAGCGUUUUUAAAUUUAGUUUUGUAUAGAUCAGACACUACCGGAGCAUUAACCAAUCAGCACACACACACACGGUCCCUUUAACUCUAAGUCAAGAUUAACUAAUUUCUUGUUCAUUUUUUAAUAACAGUA